GCUGAACAAUGCACCAAUCCAAGGAUUCACUAACGAUGUUGGUAACAAAACCACUAUAAGAAUGAGCUAUCCAGAGGGAGCACCAAAAUCUCAGCUUGAAUACGAUCGUUAUAUGCUGUUCGUUGCUGUAAUGUACAAGGGAGUAGAUUUCAGCUGGUUGAAGGCCAUGAUUAAAAAAGAGAGAGUGUCAUUUUGGAAAAGAAUUUGGUUUUGGCAGAAAGUUACGGAGGAAUUACCAAUUGAACCAACACAGUUUCGAAUUCUGAAUCCUGAAAUUAUACGAGAAACAGCUCUAGAUCUACUGCAGUUACCGGAACCUCAAUCAAAACUCUGGGGUUGGGACCAGAAUAUUCCGACUUUGGGAGUCAGCGCUGUUGUUCUAGCUACGCAUUUAUGUGAUGAAGUCAGCUUGGCAGGAUUUGGAUACAACCUUAGCCAACCACAAAUACCAUUGCAUUACUAUGAAAAUGUCCAGAUGCAUGCUAUGAAGGCCCAAACUAUGCACAAUGUGGAAACUGAGAGGAAUUUCCUAGAAGACUUGGUUAAAGCUGGUGUUGUGACAGAUCUUAGUGGAGGAAUUCACUGCAAAUUUUGCAAUAAGCAGGAAAGCACAAUCUGAAGGUAUGCAAUUUUUAAAAAAAGAACGCGUGGCCUUCAGUAUAGAUAUCACUUGAAACUAAGGCCUUCUCAGCACACCCAUUCGUGAAUAUUGCAGUUUUAAAUGAUCCUACUGAAGCCUUUUGCAGGAGUUAUUUUUCUCAGUUGUGCAUCAAAUGUACAGCAAGUGUAACUUUGAAAAGAAGGUAUGUGGCCACCUGAAUUAAUUUGGUUAUUGAACUAAACUGGAAUCGUGAAUGUUACUGCAGCUUUUGAUGAAAUGUUUAAUAUUUUCAGCAUGGAGCAUUUGUGAUGUGUUAAAUUGAAAUUUUCAUUUGCCUGCUGCACAUGAUUCUCUCUUCUGUGUCAAGUUUUUGAAAAUAUGUUACUUGGAUGUUCCUGGAUGUUAAACCCAAUUCAGUAUUGAGGUAAUGUUAAUUUGAAUAUGCCAAUUUUAAAUUUCACUUAUGAAGCUGGCAAUUUGCAAAACAGUAUUUUGAACAUUGUCCUAAUGAUCAUUCUGGAAAAAGGCAUCUCUGCUUGGGAAAGUACAAACCAAUUUAAAGUUUGUCACACUACACUACUUGUUAAAUAUUAAAUGAUUGAAACAGUAAUUCUAAAGAAUUCUAAAGAAAAGAAAUCUUCAGAGUUCACUGGACUUGUCUGGUAGCCAUACCCUUCACAAAUUUGCUUAGUUGUGUAGUACUGUUUUUCUUUUUACCAACUGCAUCUCUAAUGUUUGCUCAUUCAGGAUUUUCUGGGAGAAAUGUGUUCAUGUCACGUAUUGUACACUUGCAGUUGAUCAUUUCUGCCAUUUGCAAAAAUCACCAACUGUGACAUUCUCUGGGAAUGCACCUCCUUUGAACUGUGGGACUUUGCUUGUUGAUAAUAGGACCAUGUUAAAGAACGAUGCAAAUGUUCUUACUUGAAUGCGAUGAGGGUGAGAUUGCACUUCAGUGGUAGUGUUAAAGAACAGGUGUUAAACUAACAGCUCAUUAAAAGUAAAAUCAAACAAGACAUCAAAAGAGCAUCAGAUGUAUAAUAGUUUUACUGACAACCAUUUCACACCAUUGAAAUCAAUUUCAGCCUUUUAUUGCUGAGAAGCUUUAAGAGUUUACUGAAGAUAUUUUGGUGAUUGUUGAUCAGUGUGCAGAAUAUUAGAUGACACAAAAUUCUGCAUCUGCAGAACUGUCAGUCAACUAUGUGGUUAGGUGCAGAUGUUUUCUAGCUUUUUACUUCUAUACAUUACUGUAAAAUAAAAUUAUUUGUGUAUAUUCCUAUUUUUUAUAUGUACAUUUGUAGUCACUUGAUCAGCUUAACUGAUGUCAAACUUAUGGAGUCUUACUGAUCACUGCAUAUUCUUUUAGAAUUUUAUACUGGAAAUGUUAAUUACUUCAGAUGGAAAUAUCUGAUUUAUAUUUUAAAUAUUUUAGCUUUGAGAAAAAUCUUUUGGAUAACCUGGUUUAUUAACUGCUGCCAUGGCAAAUAUCCUUUCUGUGUUUACUGUAGGAUUUUUGUAAAUGAUUCAACUGCUUUGAAAUUCUGGUCUGUUUGAGAGAACUUGCUUAAACCCGAGUCUGGUGUGGCCUAAAAUAAUAAUGCUAUGCUUUGUAAAGCAUAUGUUCCUCUCUUUCUUUUUCUUCCCCUGACGUUAGUGAAAAAGAUGUCACUAAUUUAGAUAAAUGGAAGAUAAUGCAUUGAAAUGUGUUUGGAAUGAGUGUUAUCAUUGAUAUUAACAGAUAUUUACUGUAGCAGCAAUGUUAUUACUGGAAUCAAUACACGUGGAAAGCUGGCUAAUGAUUACGUACCAACAUAUUUUAUACAGUGACAAUUAACUGACUUUUUUGGUUAAAAUUUGGAUGGAAACAAAUAAGAUCCAUCCAUUAAAGAAGAGUCAUUGUAAAAUCUGAAAAGGUUGCAUCUUUACAACAGCACAAUUAUGACCAAAGGCUGUGAAUUUUGUUUCAGCAUUGCACUAUGCUUUCUGUUUAAAAUAAAUCUUGUACAUUGCUGUUUUCAUUUUAUUUUUGUAAUGACUUGAAAGCAUUAUUUCAAGGUUGUCUAUUCAGCCUAUUGUGUUUUAUAAGCAAUAUUUUUCUAUGAAGAUUCCAUCAACAAGCAAACAACCUGAGCCACCAGAAGAAUCAAUAAAAUAAUAAUGCUGUUCAGGGAGAUUUAUGAAACUUACUUCAUUGUUAUAAAAGCAAAAUGCUGGAAACCUGAAACAAAGGAGAAACUCAGCAAGUUUGGCAGUAUCUGGCAGAGAAAUAGUUAAUGUUUCGAGUCUGGUGUGACUUCUUCAAUUCUCACAUGGAAGUUACAAGACCUGCAUUUCUCCAGUGUUCUGCAAUGUAUUUGUACCAUCUUGAUGUUUGAUUGUUUUAAUUGUAUAUUAGGUACAUUUACCAAGUGAAUGCUCCAUUUACAGCUUCAUUCACUAGGGGAUCCUAUCAUGAUGUAAAGUCACAAGGAUUUCUUGUCUAGUUCCAGUUAUGCCAUGCUAAUUUGUAAUAUCUACUUUGUGUUUUAAUUUGGCAGAGAAGGCUUAUUGAUUUAGGAUUAAUAAAAUAUUACAGAUGUGAUGUAAUAA